AUCAAUAGCUUAAGCUGAACACCUCCCAUUCUUCAUGUGCUUCAGGUGCACAUAAACGCCUUUCCUCAUCAGCUCUUAAUAUUCUGUCAGAGGCUGUCACAGAGAGAAGACGAUGGGUUCUAUGGGACUGCAGAUGGCUGGCAGCACCCUGGCCUUGUUGGGCUGGAUUGGAGUGAUCAUUGUCUGCGGUGCACCUAUGUGGCGGGUCACUGCCUUCAUUGGCAGCAACAUAGUGACAUCCCAGGUCAUGUGGGAAGGCAUCUGGAUGAGCUGCAUAGUCGAGAGUACAGGUCAGAUGCAGUGUAAGGUAUACGACUCCAUGCUGGCUCUGAGCACUGACCUCCAGGGGGCCCGGGCCUUGACUGUGGUUUCCAUCAUCUUGGGCAUCACCGGCCUCCUAAUAGCCUUUGUUGGUGGAAAAUGCACCAACUUCAUUCCAGAGAAGAAAGCUAAGGCAAGGGUGACAGUGGCAGCCGGUGUGAUACUGAUCAUCAGCGGACUCCUCUGCCUCAUCCCCGUUUCCUGGACAGCCACGAUCAUCAUAAGGGACUUCUACAACCCGCAAAUAGUUAAUGCCCAAAAGAGGGAGCUCGGGGCCUCUCUGUACAUCGGCUGGGGUGCUGCAGCGCUGCUCAUCGUCGGUGGAGGACUACUGUGUGCUAACUGUCCACCAACAGAAGACGAGAACCACUCUGUGAAAUACCUCCUGAAUAACUCUGCGGGUGGAAACAGCAAACAGGACUCAGCCCACUCUCUUACACCAACCAAGACUUAUAUUUGACAUUUUCAAAUGGACAAAUGGCACAAACAACCUGCUGCAAUAGAAAUAUGCACUUUUCCCACACUCUAAUCCACACUAUUUUAAGUAUGGAUGUAAAUCUUCAACUAAACAUAUCAGUGGGGUUGGUUUAAAUUAUAUAAACUGGUUUACAUUUUUGGAAAAAUUGUGGCAAUUUCAUUUUGUAACUGCACUGUGCACCUUUUAUCUUUGAUCAUUAUGAUUUUAUUUUAUUACACAAUAAAUCAUUUUGUAACUUGA